AUGCAAUCAUUUGAUGCUAUUGUCGUUGGAGCCGGGUUUGCUGGCAUCAACCAACUCUACCAACUCCGCCAGCUUGGGCUUUCGGUCAAAUUGUUUGAAAAAGCCCCCGACGUUGGAGGAGUUUGUAUUGGAACCAAUGGCCAAAUGCAGCCAGCGACGCUCCCAAAAGAGACCCAGGCUUACAUGAACCAUGUUGUGGAGCGCCAUAACUUGAGGCAGCAUAUGCAAUUCUCCUCUGAGUUGAAAUCUGCUAAUUUUGAUAAAUCUGAUUCUAAAUGGAUGGUUCAACUAUCUACUGGAGAGACUUUCAAGGCUACGUACUUGAUCCUCGCCACCGGACGCUUUAACAAGAUCGUUUGGCCUUCUAUCCCUGGACAAGAAAAGUUUGCUGGCGAGCAAUAUCACACAGGACUCUGGGAUGAGCAUCGUGACCUCAAAGGUAAGCGAGUUGGAAUCGUUGGCACCGGCUCUUCUGGCGCUGCUCUCCUAGUCGGUCUGGCAAAAGAGGCGAAGCAGUUGAUUUCCUUCCAACGCUCGGCACAAUAUGUGAUUCCGAACAACAAAGGUCCCGUCUCAGCUGAAUACAGAGACAAUGUCAACAAAAACUAUGACGAGUUCUUCAAAAAAUGUCGGCGGUGUGGGGCAGGGUUUGGCUUCGACCCGGUCCCGGCCGAUUACACAACUUUCAGCGUUAGCGAAGAGGAACGUGAGAAAGUCUUUGAGGCGACUUGGAAUCAUAUCUAUGGCUUGGCUUUUACCUUUGCCUCAUUUUCAGACAUCAUGACAAACGAAGCGGCAAAUCGGGAGCUUUGUAAAUUUUUCCGCAAAAAAAUUGCUCAGAUUGUUCAAGAUCCCGAGAAGCGUGAGAAGCGUGAGAAGCUCAUGCCACCGCCAGAAGCCUUAUAUGACAAGCGCCCUGUCUGCAGUUCUGGCUACUAUGAGGCUUUCAAUCAAGAUAACGUGGAUGUCGUCAACUUGAAAAAGACUCCAUUGGCUGGGAUCACCGAAAAGGGUAUCGAAACCACAGAAAAGCUAUAUGAGCUAGAUGUCAUUAUUUACGCAACUGGUUAUGAGUCCGACGGGACCUGGGCAGACAUCACCAUCACUGGGCCUGAUGGGACAACGUUGGGCGAGCAUUGGGCUGAAGGAUCGACUUCAUACCUCGGACUCCUUAAAGCUGGGUUUCCCAACCUCUUCUUCGUCAUCGGACCCCAGUCAUCGCUCGCCAACAUACCACAACAUGCCGAAUUCCACGCCGAAAUGAUUGGAAAGCUUAUCUCAAAAGCGGACAAGAUGAGAAAAGAGGAAGAAUCUGCAGCAGGUGGCAGCAAUACCGUCCUUGUAGAUGCUACUCAGCAAGCUGAAGACGAUUGGGUGAAAUUGUGUGACGCGAUCAUAAAGCAGACUGUGUACUAUGGAGGGGAAUCUUACUUUUUCAGCGAUCAUAACACGGUUAGAAAGCCCAAGAGUGGAAGGCAUGUGCUUUGGUACAUGGGAGGGUUCGACAACUAUGUGGACAAGGUCCAGGAGGCAGUUGAGGCGUAUCGCGGAUUUACAUUUGUAUACUAG